AUGGGAAGAACGUGUGGAUGGAUAGUUCUCUCUCUAGGCCUGCUGGUUUCGGUCGGGAGAGGCCCCGCAAGUCAGUUUGCAGAUGCAGCUUGCGACCAAUAUGUGGAUAUUACUUAUCUCCAGAAUGCUGCGGCCAAGGGAGCAGGUUCCACUCCUCUCCCUCUCUCUCGAUCUCUCGAUCGCUAUCUAUCUACUAUCAUAUGCGUAACUAUCAAUCCAUUUCUCUCUCUCCCUCUCUCUAUCUAUUUAUUGUCAUUGCGUAACUAUCAAUCCAUUUCUCUCUCUCCCUCUCUCUAUCUACUUAUUGUCAUUGCGUAACUAUCAACCCAUUUCUCUCUCUCUCUCUCUCUCUUUCUACCUUUACAGGUAACUAUCUACCCAUCUCUCUCUAACUAUAAGCACACCCAUCUACCGAUUCCUGUUUAUCUUUCUCUCCAUCUAUCUAGUAUCUCUCACUCUCUCUCGCUAAAGAUUCUCCGGGCUCACCGCAACCGUUUGACAGUCUGCCUGGACGGGAGUCCACCGGCUUACCAUCUCUUCAGAGGCUUUGGAACCGGACUCAACAACUGGCUCGUCCAUCUCGAGGUGACCACCUCCGACAGAACCGAAUUCCUCAUUUAUUUCUCUCUCUCUCUCUCUCUCUCUCCCCAAAUGGGUGGUGUCUCCUACUCAUUACAGAGCCUGGCUUAUUUUGUUAUUUAGCACCGUAAAGUGAAGGCUUUGGUCCACAGGGGGGUGGAUGGUGCGACGACGUCUCUAGCUGUCUCGCCCGGAAGAACACCAACUUGGGCUCCUCCACAGCUAUGGAGAAGCAAGCCCAGUUCGCCGGAAUCUUGAGCAGCAAUCAGCAGUGCAAUCCAGGUCGGUACCUUCAUAUACAAUGCAAAUAUUCCAAAUCUUGGUCUUAAUACAUUUGGUCUCGCACCUCUAUAGUUCUUAUAUUUUAAAUCAGAAAUGUCUUGUUAACUUAUCUCUAAUCUAUCAUCAAGAUGUAUACUUGCAAAUCUUGGUCCUAAAUACCAAGAUUUCAAAUGGGUUUAGUUUUAUGUCCAAAAAUAUUUUUUAGGGUAUGAAUAAUUAAUUUUUAUCAGCUGUAUUUAUAUCGUAAAUACUAUCCCAAUCUUUGUGCUAAUAUCCAGAUUUCAAAUGGGGUUUUAGCCUCUCAUCUCUAUUAUUAUUGUACUUAUGUCUAAUUUUCUUUUUUAAGAGUAUGAGUGACUAAUUUAUCAUCAAGAUUUAUAUUGCAAACACUAUCCCAAAAUCUUUGUGUUCAUACGCAGAUUUCGAAUGGGGUCUUAGCCUCUCAUCUCAGUUGUUCUUGUAUUUAUGUCCAAUUUUCUUUUUUAAGAGUAUAAGUGACUAAUUUAUCGUCAAGAUUUAUAUUGCAAAUACUUAUCCCAAAAUUUUGUCUUAAUUCCCAGAUUUCAAAUGGGGCUUUAGUCCCUAAUCUCUAUAAAUUUUGUAUUUGUGUCCAAUUUUCCUUUUUUUAAGAGUAUGAGUGACUAAUUUAUUGUAAAGAUUUAUAUUGCAAAUACUUAUCCCAAAUUUUGGUCUUGAUACCCAGAUUUCAAAUGGGGUUCUAGUCUCUAAUCUCUAUAAUUUUUGUAUUUAUGUCCAAUUUUAUUUUUUUAUAGAGUAUGAGUGACUAAUUUAUCGUCAAGAUUUAUAUUGCAAAUACUAUCCCAAAUCUUAGUCUUAAUACCCAGAUUUCAAAUAUUUUAGAAUGAAAAAUAUGGUUUAAGCAUAUGAGAGACUAAUAAAGAUAUAUGUAGGAGAAUUCAUGCUAAAAGUGUUAUUUACCCGAAUUAUGUGUUAUUUAUUAGAUUUCCAUUUUUUACCACGUGUUUAUCUUAUGGUAACUGCAUCAUAACGUUUUUCAAUCCAAAUAUAUUAUUGCCACGAAUUUUUUUUUACGCAAAAUAAUGAAGUUUCUAACCUGGGUUAUUCCCCGAAAUACAGUUAUUAAUUUCAGCAUUUUUUUAUUUUCCAGAUUUCUAUAAUUGGAACAAGGUGAAGAUCCGCUACUGUGACGGCUCCUCAUUCACUGGAGACGUGGAAGAAGUGGAUCCCGUGAGCACUCGUCCACGCUUAUAAUCUUGGCCACAUAAGCCCAAAAUCUUGGCCCAGCUCAGCACCUUGCUGAGCCCACUACUAUGAAGCUCAUUUUUACUGCCACGUGGCAUUCCCACCCCCCUCUGCCCAUUUGACAGCAUCUCUCUCUCUCUCUCUCUCUCUCUCUCUCUCGCUAAGAUAACCCAGGCCGGGACCGCCCUCGCUCGAGCCUCUACCUUUGACUACAUAUUAAUAUCAAUAAUAAUAAUAAAGUUGAGAGAUAUUUUCUUUCAAUGCCAGAGUUUCUAAAUACUUUUGGUGCCAUUUUCUUCGAUGGGCAGUCCACCAAUCUCCACUAUCGCGGGCACAGGGUCUUCAUGGUGGUGAUGGAAGAACUACGGUCGAGAGGGAUGGACCGUGCAGAGAAUGUAAGCCGACUAGUGCUGUUUUCCGAAUGAUCUUCUAUCUAUUUAUCUCUCUCUCUUUCUCUUUCUCUCUCUCUCUCUCUCUCUCUCUCUCUCUCUCUCUCUCUCUCUCUCUCUCUAUCUCUAUUUAUCUAUCAUCUAUAUAUAUAUAUAUAUAUCUCCUCUAUUUAUCUCUCUCUCUCUCUCUCUCUCUCUCUCUCUCUCUUUCUCUGUAUCUCUAUUUAUCUACCUAUCUAUCUCUCUAUCUCUCUCUCUCUCUAUUUAUCUAUCUAUCUAUCUUUCUAUCUGUCCUGUGUUUCUCUUGUGGGUGAUUUGGCCUUGAGACACGUGGCAGGCACUGCUUUCUGGGUGCUCGGCGGGCGGUCUGGCUUCCAUGUUGCACUGCGAUGGGUUCCGCUCCCUAUUGCCCGGGGGAGCCAGGGUCAAGUGCCUCGCAGAUGCCGGCUUCUUCAUUGACGUGUGAGUUUACCCAUUCUGCUUUCUGGUUUCUCACUCUACCUUUACUUCAAUGGGUUCUCUCUCUCUCUAUCUUUACUUCAACAUAUUUUAUCUCUCCCUCAAUCAUUACUUCAACAGCCUAUCUCUCUCUCUCUCUCUCUCUCUCUCUCUCUCUUUCUAUCUUCACUUCGACAUCUCCUCUCUCUAUAUCUAUCUAUUUUCACUUCAACGUCUUCAGUCUGUCUGUCUGUCUGUCUGUCUGUCUCUCUCUCUCUCUCUCUCUCUAUUUACUUCAUCAUCUUCUGCAUCUUCUGUCACUCUGUGUUUUUUACUUCAACAUUUUCCAACUCUUUCCCUCCCUCUGUCUCUCCACCUCUAUUUCUACCUCAUCUUCUCUCUCUCCCUUUACUUAAACAUCUUCUGCAUCUUCUGCCGCUCUCUAUUUUUGCUUCAACAUCUUCCAACUCUUUCGCUCCCUCUAUCUCUCCACCUCUAUCUUUACUUCAUCCUCUCUCUCUCUCUCUCCCUUCACGGUUCAUUGGGCCCCGGAACCUGAAGUAGAGAGAGAGAGAAAGACGUAAAAGGAAGGGGGGGGGUUUAUUUCGAGUAGUUGACGUUGACGGAGACGCCUCUUAUGGUGGUAGGAUGAGCAUCGACGGAAAUCGUACAAUCAAAUCAUUCUACGACGGCGUGGUCAACUUACACGUAAGCUAGACACUUAAAUUGACUUAUUUUUCGAUGAUUACGUCAUCGUAAUUCCAUCUCACAUGGUCGGUGGUCGGGCAGGGAUCGGCGAGACACCUGCCGCCCUCCUGCACUUCCAAGAUGCCCCCCAACACGGUGAGUUCCGAAGAAAAGCGUCAAGAGAGAGAGAGAGUUAGGGCUGAGAGUUGCUCAUGGAUUCUUCUGGGCAAUGCAGUGCUUCUUCCCGCAGUACAUGGCUUGGCGAAUCCAGACGCCUCUCUUCCUGCUGAACCCGGCGUAUGAUUCAUGGCAGGUCAACAAUCUCCUCUCUCUCUCUCUUUCUCUCAAGACUACCAAAGCGACCGUAGAUUCACCUUCCUCUCUCUAUUCAUCCUCCUGUAACUCUCUAUCUCUCUCUCUAACAAUCUGCUCGUGAACGUAUCCACUUGACUGCCUACGUAGUGUUCUACUCUCUCUCUCUCUCUCUCUCUCUCGCUAUCUCUAUCUUUCAUCGUUUCUACUUGGCGUAACCUUGGGCUGGGUGCUCAGAUAUCGAACGUCUUGGUUCCGUACACUGCGGAUCCCUCAGGAAGCUGGAAGUCGUGCAAGACGGACAUAAAGCAGUGUUCUCCCCCUCAGCUCGACGUCCUUCAACGUGAGUCCUCUCUCUUUCUCUCUCUCUCUAUCUCUCUCUCUCUCUCUCGCUCCCCCUCUCUACCUUUCUAUCUCUAGAUGCAUGUAUUUCCAACCCUCCUAACUGCGUCGCUCUCCCUCUUACACAGUUCAUGUGGUGAUCUCCGUCGCCUUUUCUAUUCAUUCAUCCACCUCUAUCACCCCCUAACAGAUGCUUUUAUUUGUUUCUCUCUCUCUCUCUAUCUAUCUCUAUCUCUCUCUAAACAGGCUUUCGGACGUAUUUUCUCGAGGCAGUAGGAGGUCUGGGGUCUUCCUCGUCUCGAGGGAUGUUUAUAAACUCGUGCUUCGUCCACUGCCAAUCCGAGGACCAGCGGACUUGGCUAUGGCAGGACUCCCCAACCCUUCACUCCACUGUAAGCUACCGUCUCUCUCUCUCUCUCUCUCUCUCUCUCCACAUCUCUUUGGUCUGUUCUCUAUCUCCUUCUCUACCCAUCAUCUCUCUCUCUACCCAUCUCAUCGGUCUCUUCCCAUCAUCAUCACCAAUCUCUCUCUCUCUCUCUCUCUUUCUCCCUCUAUCUUCUCUCCCUGUGUUUUUGCCCGUCAUCUCUCUCUCUCUUCUCCCCAAAACCCUGUUUUUUCUAUCGUAAUUCUGCAGAAUUCUGGUCGGGCGGUCCAAACGCCUGCCACGCAGCAUCCCUCUGUCUACGUGUCUUUUCAUCCCGUCUCCAGCGUUUUCCGAGGACUUUCCGGAAACCUACUACCGGUGUGCCGUUUGGGUCGCAGCAAAUCGGGAAGGCCGUGGGGGACUGGUACUACGACCGGAGGGGCUUCCAGGAGGUGGACUGCGCGUACCCCUGCAACCCCUCUUGCCCCAAGUUCUACACGUACCACCCCAUCAUAUUCUGA